AUGGAGGACUACAGCGGCAGCGGGAUGGAAUACCAGAACCAGUACCAGGACGCAUACGACGUGGCGCCCGGUUUGAACAACGGAGACGCACAAAAUAGCAACAACAACAACCACAUAGGAGGGGACAAUCACAGCAGCAACGAAGCGCAAAAUAUCUCGCGUUCCGGCAGCGCACAGGGCGACACAGGUGACAGACCAAGAACCAAGAGAACUAGGGCCACGGGAGAGGCGUUGAAUGUCCUGAAACGAGAGUUUGACGAAAACCCAAAUCCAAAUGCUCAAAAUCGUAAACGUAUCUCGGAACUGACCGGACUACCUGAGAAAAAUGUCCGUAUUUGGUUUCAAAACAGACGUGCCAAACAUCGUAAAUCUGGGACGGCUCCUGGUGGUAUCGGUGGUACCGGUGGCAGUUCACACAGUCGAGGGCUCGGAAGAAAUGGGAAUUCAGUAACAACUACUUCGGAUGUCAGUGCCGCCACUAACGCUGCAUAUCCAGCAGCAGACUUUGACCGGAUUCCGCUAGAUACAAAUCCAAACUACUGUUUUCUGGACGUGAAAUCUCUCACCGUGGGUACGUGGAAACGGCUGAAAAGUGGAAACUUGAAAAAGGAAGAACUUCCAACUCUUCAAAGCCUUUCAAAUUUGUCACCAUUUUCUAUCAACGAAAUUAUGGCCAACGCCACAGAUCUAAUGGUUUUAAUUUCCAAGAAAAAUCAUGAAGUAAACUAUUUUUUCAGUGCUAUUGCAAACAACACCAAGAUACUUUUCCGAAUUUUUUUCCCCAUGAACACUGUUGUGAAUUGUUCAGUGGUGGUCGCUUCAGAGGAAUCGCCUAACCCCGGACAAGAUGAUGACGAGGACUCCCACUCGACGGACGAGGUACGAAACAAAGAUCAACUUUUCGAGCUUCGACUCAACGUUACAAAAUCACCUACUUUUGCAGUCUAUUUUUCAGAUGGGGUAGAUCAGUAUUCUUCGAAUCAAUGGUCCAUUUGUGAAGAUUUUUCAGAGGGAAGGCAAGUGAGCGAAGCUUUUGUCGGUGGCACCAACCUCCCUCACGUUAUAGUGGGUUCGAAGGAGCACUUGGAUUUUAUGAAUGAAACGAUACAGGACUACGGUGGGAGGUCGAGGGACCCCUUGAAUGCUUCCGAUGCGCAACCUCUAAUACUCCAUCCUGAACCUCACUCAAUGGGUCAGCACCAGCAACCUUUCUUCGACAGUUUCAACGAUCAAGAUGGGAUGUAUGGAAUGAAUGAACAAAACAACGGCCAGUUUGUCUCUUCUUCUACAACCCAGGCUCAGUCCUACACUCAACAACCUCAGUCAUCUACCGAAAUUGAGCAUGUACCGUCCAAUUACACUGACCCUAAUGUGCCACGAACUCCUGAUUUUUUAAAAUCAGACGUUGGCAGCGAAGAGCAAGGAGGCCUGAAUAAUCUAUUGAUCUUUGACGACCAAAAUAACUCAAACACCAAAAAUGUUCAAAACUACUACUAA